AUUUGAAAAAAAAAAAAAACAAAAAAUUUUUUUUUUCUAGGGUUUAAUUUGAACAGUGCAUGUAGUGCUACAAUUGGAAUUUGAGUGAAGAAGAUGUUGAGGGUAUCAAAGAGAGCUUCUUCUUCCCUACAUCGUCUCUUUUACGUAGGCAACAGCAGAAGCACCUCAAUUUUUGGGAAGAGUCCGAUUCUUUAUCCAUGGAAUCCCACUGCCAGAACUACCCCUAUUUGGGCAUUACCCUCCAAUUCAGCAUCCUCCUCGUCCUCCUCAAGAUGGCACCACAACCCAAGGUCGAUGGUAAAUGGGCGAGUACUAUUUUCGACUUCACCGUCCACUAACGAUGGUGAAAAAUCCCACAACAAAGUUUCGUCUGUAAACAAGGUGUCUUCGGAGCCAGUUGCUGAUAUGAAAAUCCUGCGUACCCUUGCCAGUUAUUUGUGGAUGAGGGAUAACGUGGAGUUCCGAUUAAGGGUCAUCACGGCCUUGUGUUUUCUAGUGGGGGCUAAGGUUUUGAACGUGCAGGUUCCUUUUCUGUUCAAGCUUGCUGUUGAUUGGUUAACUAAUGCCACUGGCAAUGCCGGGAAUAUUGCUUCAUUUGCAGCUGCCAAUUCCACUCUGGUCACUGUUUUCGCUACCCCUGCUGCUGUUUUGAUCGGCUAUGGCAUUGCACGCACCGGAGCAGCUGCUUUUAAUGAACUGCGGACUGCUGUAUUUUCCAAGGUUGCUCUUAGAACAAUCCGCUCUGUAUCAAGGAAGGUGUUUUCGCAUCUGCAUGACCUUGAUCUUCGUUACCAUCUCAGUCGAGAGACAGGUGCCUUAAAUAGAAUAAUUGAUCGUGGUAGCCGUGCUAUAAACUUUAUCCUCUCAUCUAUGGUGUUCAAUGUUGUUCCCACCAUUUUAGAGAUAUCAAUGGUAUCAGCUAUAUUGGCAUACAAAUUUGGAGCACCUUUUGCAUUAAUCACUUCACUGUCAGUUGCUGCAUAUGUUGCUUUCACUUUAACUGUGACACAGUGGAGAACCAAGUUUAGGAAGGCAAUGAAUAAAGCUGAUAAUGAUGCAAAUACAAGGGCCAUUGAUUCACUUAUUAAUUAUGAGACUGUUAAAUAUUUCAACAACGAAGCCUUUGAAGCUGAGAAAUAUGAUGAGUUCUUAAAGAGAUAUGAAGGUGCUGCCUUGAAAACACAGCGAAGUCUUGCUUUUCUGAACUUUGGGCAAAAUGUGAUAUUCAGCACAGCUCUGUCUACAGCUAUGGUGUUGUGUUCUCAUGGAAUUAUGAAUGGCCAGAUGACAGUUGGUGAUCUGGUUAUGGUGAAUGGGCUGCUUUUCCAGCUCUCUCUCCCUCUCAAUUUCCUUGGCAGUGUGUAUCGUGAGACCAUACAAAGUCUUGUUGACAUGAAAUCCAUGUUUCAGUUACUUGAGGAGAAGGCUGAGAUUAGUGAUAAAAGUAAUGCAAAGCCUCUAACAUUAAAUGGGGGCAGUAUUCAGUUUGAUAAUGUUCAUUUCAGUUACUUGGCAGAAAGAAAAAUUCUUGAUGGGCUAUCCUUUGUUGUACCAGCUGGGAAAAGUGUGGCAAUUGUUGGAACAAGUGGCAGUGGUAAGUCAACCAUACUCAGAUUGCUCUUCAGGUUCUUUGACACUCAUUCUGGAAGUAUAAAGAUUGAUGGUCAAGACAUACGGGAUGUCACGCUGGAUAGUCUUCGCAAGUCCAUUGGUGUUGUUCCUCAGGAUACCGUACUCUUUAAUGAUACCAUAUUUCACAACAUACAAUAUGGCUGUCUUUCAGCAACUGAAGAGGAGGUCUAUGAAGCUGCUCAACGUGCAGCAAUUCAUGACACUAUCAUGAACUUCCCUGAGAAAUAUUUGACUGUGGUUGGGGAACGGGGGCUCAAGUUAAGCGGUGGCGAGAAACAGCGUGUAGCACUAGCAAGAGCAUUUUUGAAAGCACCUCCCAUUUUGCUUUGUGACGAAGCUACCAGUGCGCUUGACAGUACAACAGAAGCAGAGAUAUUAAGUGCAUUGAAGUCACUGGCGAAUAAUAAAACCUCAGUCUUCAUUGCUCACAGGCUUACAACUGCAAUGCAGUGUGAUGAGAUUAUAGUUCUGGAGAACGGGAAGGUGGUGGAACAUGGACCGCAUGAAGUUUUAUUGGCAAAUGCAGGGAGAUAUGCACAAUUAUGGACACAGCAAAACAGUACUGCAGAUGCCAUUGAUUCAGCCAUCAAAGUUGAGGCGUGAAACUGAAAACCAGGGUGACAGAAUUACACAACCGAAUUUUUUUUUGGAGAUUAUUAGAGUUAGAUGCAACAUCCCAAUUUUUAUUAUUUUUUUUUUAAUCUCUGUGCUGAAUUGAUUGGACAUAAAAAUAAACUGCCCACACAGAGAUAAACUUGUAAUCUAAUCUCAUUCUUUGGGCUCUCACUUUUCAAUUAUGUAUGACAUGGGCUGGGCUGUGCUGAGCUGAGAUUUUGUAUGUAAUAAUGUAAUUUAUUUAGACAUUAUAACAUAGAGAAAUGGCAAAUCAAUGUUGUGUUAUGUG